GAAAAGGCUGUAUAACAAACUGCCAUGCUGAGCCUUUAAGGGGCGGGGCUUAGAGCAGCUGCAGCAUGCAGACGAAAAAGAGAGAAAAAAAAAGAGUAGAGUGGAAAGGGAGUAUAGUUUAUGUUCGCAUUUUGUUUUAACUUGCUGUUUGCCGUUUAUUGUUACUCCUCGAUGUGUGUGCGUGGAAAUACAAGAACCACACUCAAUUAUUUAAAUAAACCGCAAGUACGAGUUGAAUCACCUGGAGUACGACUCUGCGUUCUUUGGAGUUCUGACCGACUCACCACAGUGUUCUGCAUAGUCACACCAGCAAAAGCAACCUCUAAUUUUCAAUGGUCCUUCGAGCCGGAUAGCAGACUACUGUUUAAAAGAUGCAGAAUUCAGAGUCAAAGGCAUUGGACACUCGACCCAAACGACGAAUGUCAGUUCCUUCCUACCUGUCAGAUUAUGACCUAAGUGGACCUGGAGCUCAGAGUAGAUCCCAGACAGCAGCUGCGGGGGAACCAUCAGAUGAGCAAAGCGGACUAGAGCGUCCAACUGCCAGAUCUCCAUCACCACCCAUUAGUCAGAGCUUCGACAUGAUGGAUUUGAGGGAUGAUAUGGAGCAAGAACGAGAGCUUUGUCAAUCUAUGGAGCAAGUCACCGGGGAGCAGCAGACCAGCCAAGUUCCAGAGUUUAGUGCUGCUCUCGAAGAGAUGCGCCAAGAAAACGCUGAGCUUCGUAAACAGUUUCAGAGCCUGAUGGUUGCUUUACAGUCCCAGCCAGCCGCCCAUCAGCCUCUGUUCCCACCUCCUCCACCUCAAAGUGUGUACAGCGGUGGUUAUGGACCUUACCAACCCCCUACCAAUUCUCCAGCAUACCAGCAGCUACAAUAUCCAACAUUCAGCUCCCGAAGAAACCUGCCAUUAGAUUUCACAAAUCCUAGAGUUUCCCAAACAUCUGGUGGUCUGCCUCAUAGCCUGUAUUACGCAGACACACCACAACAGAGCGCACCUUCCUAUUCACAUAGAGAUUCUUCAUUUGUCCAAGUUCCCAGCUUUAAUGAGCCACAGAGAGAGACCACAUACAGGGGGCCGAAGCCCACUAUCCCCAGAUUUACAUCACCAGAUCCCAGAGAGUUUGCACGCACGAAGAUUGCCUUAGAGAAUCUAUUACCAGGCGAUGCUACUGAAAGAUACAAAUACCAGAUCCUCACUGAUCAUCUCCAGUGUGAAGAAGCUUCACUUGUAGCAGACUCCUACUGCAACUCAAGGCAACCUUACACUGAUACAAUGUUGGCUCUCACGAAGAUGUAUGGACAGCCCCACAAGCUUGCAGUGCAACGGAUUGCAGAGUUAAUGGAUGGUCCAAAUAUACGCUGUGGUGAUGUGAAGAGCUUUCGUCUGUUUGCCCUCAACGUGCGGUCACUAGUAGGCAUGUUGGAACAACUGGGGCAGAGAGGUCAAAUCGAGUUAGUCUGUGGCUCUCAUGUUUCAAGACUCUUAAGUAAACUUCCCUAUGACCUCAAUGCCAGCUUUAAGAGAUUUAUCCAUCCCCUGAGAGUAGCCAUUCCUACCCUCAUUGACUUUGCUGAUUGGCUAGAAUAUGAGCUGGAAGUUCAGGAAGACAGCAUGAAGCCCCCGAGGAGAGAGGAGUCGUUUAACAAGAAGCCUGAUACCAAGCGCACUUCCAAACUCUCAAGUAAGACUGCUACUAUCCUCCUGGGUACUGAGAAGGUAUCUGGAUCAAAUAGUGUAGCAGCACCACCUACACCUGGAUAUGUUGUCAACAAGUCAAAGGGAAUAGAGAAGGUUACGGCUUACUGUCCCUAUUGUGACAACGACAAGCACUUCCUGAACAACUGUUCUAACUUUAAGACCUUGAGCAAAGAACAGAAGGUGACAUGGAUUAAAACGAAUAAUAAGUGUUGGCGUUGUGGACGUAAUCACCAAGCGGCAAAGUGUACACUUAAAGCUCCCUGCAAAACCUGUGGUAGGAGACAUCUGCUAGUGCUGCAUGAGGUGAAUGAGAGAGCAGAGGAGGAACCAACAUCAGUUUCACCUUCAGCAGAAAGUUGCCUUGUUAACACUGCCAACAAAGUCAUGUAUGUUGACCGACCAGUUUACAACUGCAAGGUGCUACUGAAGAUCAGUAAGGUAGUCCUGAGAAAUGGUGACAAGUCCCUUGAGACGUAUGCCGUCUUAGACGAUGGCUCUGAGCGGACAAUCCUGCUUCAGCCUGCUGCCAAACAGUUGGGCCUUAAAGGAAGCAAAGAGGUGUUAGCUCUUCGUACAAUCAGACAAGAAGUGGAGAAGCUCCACGGGGCGGCUGUGUCUUUCACAAUUUCCCCAGCAGCCAACCCUGACAAAGUGUACAGCAUCCAGAAUGCCUUUACAGCCGAGCAACUGAGUUUAGCAGAGCAUUCCCAUCCAGUUGUCUCACUCCAGGAGAAGUAUAAACAUUUGUCAGGUUUGCCUCUUCCUCCUUUAAACAGAGUCCGCCCCAUGUUGCUGAUUGGCGCCGAUUACACACACCUCAUAACACCUGUGGAGCCAGUCAGACUGGGAUCACCUGGUGGGCCAGCAGCAGUGAAGACUCUCCUCGGUUGGACACUACAGGGACCAGCACAAGCCAUGGAAUCCAUCACGAAUGUGAGUCACUGUCUCUUCACGUCUACAUCAUCACCCACAGAGCUGUUCUCCUGUGUAGAGAAGUUAUGGCAGAUGGAUGUGCUCCCUUACCGCAGUGAGAAGUUAGCAGUUAGGUCACGACAAGAUCACGAAGCAGUCGGGCUCCUGCAAAAAACAGACGGUGAGAGUCAAUGUCAGUGGUGUUGAGCGUUAUGCCACACCCCUUCUUCGA